AUGUUGAUUUCAGUAUACCAGUCAGAUUGGCAAAACAGGUUCAGCGAACCUAUGCCAUUUAUUGGAAUGUAUAUCGCAUUAGCAUCUUUGUUUUGCAUCCUUGCAAUGGCAGCUGAUUUAUUGCAUGGUUUUCGGAACAGAAAACUAUGGUUUCCGUGUAAAUAUUUCACUCUGAAUGCUGCUUCUCUGACUUUAAUAGCUGUCGCAAUAAAGCUACCCAUGGAUCUAACUAGUCUGAUGCCAGGUUAUGUGGACCAGGCUGCAAAGCUUGGAAGCGUGGCCUUUAUGUGCACCGUGAUGGCUAAUGUAUUGCCCUCUCUAGCAAUCAUGGACAGCAAGGAGCUUGUCUCAAACAUGAUAGCUUUAGCAAUUCUAAAGUCUAAACAGAUUCUAGAAUCCAAAUACCAAGCGGCUCAUCAAACAGCUUUAAAGGAUCUAGAGCUGCAACAACCAGGGAGAUUGACUGUGGAGAAGCUAAAGCAACAUGUGUUGAGUAUGAAUCCACAGAAAUGUUGA